CCACGCCUCGACUGACCAUUCUUUUCGCUUCAUGCUAUCCUUCCCACCCCGCCCUUUAACAGAAGAUGGGAAGCUCUUAUACAGCAGCUCAACGUGUCCCUUUUUUUUUCUCUUUCUUUUCCUUGCACUCUCUCCGUCUCGCUAUCCUUCCCUCUCUAAGCUUAAUUCUUGGUCAACUAGUAAGCAAUAAUGUUCUGUUCCGAGUGUGGUGAGGAGGCAGAUGGCCGCUUCUGCUGGAAAUGCGGCUCUAAGCUGCGUGAAGGAGCCAGUGUCAACCGUACAAUGAGCUCCACCACGACAAGUUCAGCGACAGUCACUCUACCAACAAAGUCAUGGCAUCAAGAGAUCAACUAUGACACACUCAUCAAACUACCUGAGGUUAAAGACAAGCUCGCAAUGCAAACUGUCAAGGGCCGCAAGCUCAGCGCCGAAGAGUUUGUGGAAUUCUUCCCUAAAUCGAUGCAGAUCGGUGCAGGCCUUGGGCAGGCCUUUGGAUCUAUGUUAGGCUUCAAGACGGGGAAAUCCCACACGGAUACUCUGAUUCGCCCUUGCGGAGUGGUUCUAGUUGCCGCUUUAUGCUACCUAACUCGGUCAAGAUUCUCCAUCAGCACUGUUCGCCAGGGAGUCAACGCAGUUGCUGUUACGAGCGACAUCCCGUCUGAUUUGUGGAGCUGGAAGGGAGAACUUGAAAUAAUUGUCACCAAGGAUGGGGGAAACACCAAGGUUCACGCUGCAACAAACAUACCGGGGCAGAAGUACGACUGGGGUAAAAGCAAGAGGAUCCUGGAAAAGUUAUUUACUGCUCUAAGGCAAGAAUAAGUGAUAUUCUGUUGAAUUUGGCGUUCUCUGGGUUGGCUGCUGAUAAUUAAGUUGUUUCGGACGUGUUUUGCGAGCGGCGAUUCGUGUGAUGUAACCGGGUACUUGCGUAUCACCCACUUCUAUUCGGUGCUGCCGCUUUCUACUGUCACUUCUUGUCAUCACAAGACAACACCACUCAAAUAUUCAAACAGUGCACUGCAUAAAUGCAAAGUUUUCACCCAUAA